CACUGGGAGUUACUUGAUUGAGCGGACAUCUUGCUUUGGUAGCGAUGAUGGCGACGUCUACCGAAACUGGAGACAGACAAGACACCAAGAGGCUUGAAUCAAAGAAGCAAACCUUAGAUGAUGCUUACGCAGCACCAGCGAACUUUUUAGAGAUCGAUGUUGUCAAUCCCGAGACACACGGAGUCGGUAAAAAACGUUACACUGACUACGAAGUCCGCAUGAGGACAAAUCUCCCAGUUUUUAAGGUCAAAGAGUCAUCUGUAAGGAGACGGUACAGUGACUUCAAAUGGCUAAGAAGUGAAUUAGAAAGGGACAGCAAGAUUGUGGUACCUCCUCUUCCUGGCGAUGCAUUAAAGAAACAAUUACCAUUCAGAGGAGAUGAUGGAAUUUUUGAAGAUGAUUUUAUUGAAGAAAGAAGGCAGGGCCUAGAAGCAUUUGUCAAUAGGGUGUCUGGACAUCCCCUUGCUCAGAAUGAACGCUGUCUGCAUAUGUUCCUCACAGAACCCAUUAUAGAUAAAAGUUAUGUGCCAGGAAAAGUUCGAACCACAUAAAAUAGGAUACAAUAUUGAUUAGGAAAGCCCAGAUGUGAACAAUGCCUUGGGACUAUUUCAACAAUCAAACAUUAUCAAUGGCUUUAACCCUUUCGGCCCAAGCAGAUCAGGAUAUAAUUUCUUGUAAAACUUUAAGUACAAAAUGAGACAUUUAGGUCAGGAGAAUACAAUGAGUAAUCACCGAUAAUCAAAGUUACUGCUCUAAGAAUUGUAUGUACACCAUUUGUAUGCAGGUAUCAGGUGCGACGUAGAGGGUUCAAGUUUAUAUUAUAUAUAUUAAUUUUUUUAGGAAAAAGCCAAACGAUUUGAUUGCAAGUGGUUUGGUCCGCAACAUGAAAUUACUGGCGUGCUAAUUUGGUUACGAAAUUUAAUAAUGAAACAUUACACUCCUGAUUGAAAACAUUGUUUCUUAUAUUUUUACAUAAGAACGCUUAGUAUAACCAACAAACCUUUUGCAAUUACUUCAAGUGGGCAUGCCCAGAUGUACACAAAGCCUAAGAGAAUUUUAUGCAGGCCACUGUGACCAUAUUUGCAAUUAGGCAAUUCGAAGCCAUGUCUGUCCUAAUGUCCUGCGAUUUGAAAUAACUGACCUGAUGUGGCUACAAUGUCGUGGUCACUUGGCUGAAUUUGGGUAUGGUAAAUAUGUCAUUGUACCUUUUUUGGUACACUUUGGCAGUGUAUCAGGCUUGUUUGGCCUUGCCAUGAGUAUUUUGGCUCAAUGAUGUAUCGCCAAAGUAAAACCCAUGGCUCUACCAAACUCCCCUAAUAUGCCGCCAAAGAUUAUCAAAAAGGUGAUCGUACUUUCCAAACGAAUGUUUGAUUUUAUUUGUGCAUGGUUAGUUCGUGCCUGUGCUGUGAUGAAUAGCUCAGAAACUAGCGAUGUACAUGUAGGCGUGUUUUCCAAUGUUGUGCAUUUGACAAUUCAAGGUUACCAAGUGAUAUUAGCAUCAAGAAACUAAUUGUUCGGUAAAGCCAAAUAAAUGUAGCAUUUUGUAGCCCCAGAACGGUAAUGAUCAGAAUAAACUGGACUGUACAUUUAACAAUCUUUUAAGAAAUUGAUAAGAGUAGGCAGUGACAGCAUCAUUGAAGUUACUAAGUUCCCAUUGAACCUAGACAACCAAGCCUUUAUCAUUACCACUACAGUAAACUGUUGCAGCAAACACAGGCACAGACACACCUAGUUGCUUAAUAAUUAUGCAUCAGUCUUAUUGUUUUGGUUGUCAGUACCACGUAAUCACUUAUUGGGCAAGUCCAGUUAUCCAAAAAAGAAAGGGGCAUUACUCGUAGAAACCUGUUAACACUGGCUAGCUUUCCCAAAAAGUUUCUGUCAAGCUCUUUCAUGAAUCUGUUGAUUCGAUACAAUUGCUUUUAUUGCAAUUAUCAGUGGUUUGACAUACAAACCAGGCAGAAGGGUCAAUACUGCUUUGUGCUGACCCUCAUGCCUCAUUUCUAAACCUUCUAAACAAAGAAUAUUUGACCACAGACUCAACUACAAUAACAGCUACUCCUCAAAAUUUAUCUGGGACCUUUAUGUUUGUCAUAACAACGAACACAAUAGAAUUGUUGCUUUUGUACAAUUUGUUAGUGUGUGGAUUGCAGAAAGAAAAAUUAAUUUUUACAUAUGGUAGUGUGAGCUUUUGUCCUGGAUGCAUUGCUACUUUUUAUUAGUCUUAAAGCUCCAUGUGUCGUAUUACAUAGAAAUUUUCUGGGCCAUGUGCAAAUGGUGACAGAGCAGUAAUUUCAAAUGCCUAUUAGCAAAACAAGACUGUUUCUUUCUUAGAAUUUACUGUUAACUUUUUAAACAGAGGAUAAUAAAAUUGAGUAAUGUAGUAGUUUACAUCUGUUCAGUAAUACCACAGCAGUUAUAUCUAGCUUACAGUUUUUUAAUAAAUCAAUUUUGCUAUAAAA